UGCGGACUCGCUCGCAGUAUUGUCAGUGGCCAUACGGUGUUGAAAGUUUGCAAGAACAGGGUUUGCUGCAAAAGAAGAAUCAUGAGCGCGACAUCAGCAAAUAAAUAUGAUUUCUUCGCACAAACGGCAGUGCCGGAAAGGUUCAGUGAAAAAUAUGAGCAGAUCAGGGAAUUUGUAUCAAAACACAAUGCGAUCGGAAACAGAGUGGUCCUUGUAUCAUCAGGAGGAACCACAGUACCCCUGGAGAGCAGAACAGUGCGCUUCAUCGACAACUUCAGUAUCGGCACCCGGGGCUCCGCAUCAGCAGAAUAUUUCCUGCAGCAUGGGUACGCAGUUAUAUUUUUGUAUCGACUGAGGUCCCUGGAGCCAUACUCUCGCCAUCUUCAACGCCGCCUGAUGGACAUGUUGGAGGUCAAAGGAGAUUCAGUAACUGUGAAGCGUGAUCACACAUCAUCGCUCAAGUCAAUCCUACAAGAGUACGAGGACGUGAAGGCGAAGGACCUGUUGCUGAGCAUCGACUUCACGUCCCUGGCUGAGUAUCUGCACCUCCUCCGAGCCUCGGCACAGAUCCUCAACUCCAUCCACAACAAGGCCCUGCUCUACCUUGCUGCAGCUGUGUCCGACUUCUACAUCCCCAAACACGAAAUGCCUGAACAUAAGAUCCAGUCGUCCACUGACAAACCGCUGCAACUCUCACUACAGCUUGUCCCCAAGAUGUUGAAACCUCUCGUCCAUGAGUGGGCACCAAACGCCUUUGUUGUAUCUUUCAAGCUUGAAACAGACAGAAAACUCCUGAUUAAAAAGGCACUCUCAGCUUUGGAGAAAUACCAGCAUCAGGUUGUGAUAGCAAACCUUCUUGACACACGGAAGUAUGAAGUUGUUCUUGUUACCAAGGAAACAGAAAAGCCAAUCUUACUUUCCAAAGAAGAUUCUGACAAGGGACUGGAGAUCGAGGAAGAAAUUGUGAAGCAACUAAUUGCUCGACAUAAACAUUUUAUUGAAAGCUGAUGAAAUGUGAUAAUUUUAAAGAUGAACACGGUGAAGGGAGCACAUGACCGAUAGCUAGCUUAUCUUGAGACUUUUUCAUGGUAGUAUACUCAGGAUUAUACCCAGCCAGAGCUCCAGAUUCAGAACCAUGUGUACAGUGGAAAGGCUGGAGCAUCCUCAUUCACAGAUGCAUCAAUUAUUGACCAAUCAGCACUCCACACUUGGUAGCUGACCACUACUCUUGGUGGAUUAGAAGACAUGUUAUGAAUAGAUUCUUAUGUCAAGUCAGCUUAGUAUCUGCAUAGUAAUUCCUGGUUGACCAGUUUUGGUUUUCCUUGAUCCCAGGAACUUUCAAUGUGUCUUAAGGAUGCUUGCCUGUCUGUACUCGAAUAUUCCACUUUUUUCUAGAAUAGAUAUUUACGAAAUCUUUAUAAUCUGUUUGCAUGACUGGUAAAAGCAGAGGGGUUAAAACAUAUAGGGAAAUCAGUCACGUCACCCCUUUGCUAAUCUCUCCUUAAAAUCAGAUCUUAGUUAUUCCUCUGAUAAACAAUGAUUACCCAUUUCAUGUAAUGUUGCAUGAUAUUUAGCGAUCUUUGACUGACCAAUAUGAUCACUAAUAAGAUGUCAGCAGAUGCAAGCAGAUUUCACCUGCUUUGGGUGAGACUUUCUGUCUAGUCACUUCUAUCCAUGACAAGGCUUGGAAGAAGGUCGACUGAACAAAGAACAUUCUGACAUGUCUAAUAGUGGGCUUAGGCUCAAUGUUUGCUCUUAACCCUGAAAAUCGGCAGGCUGUAAGGACGCAAAACCAUAAAAAGUUGUGGGUCCUGAUCAGAAUGUGUAGGCCCUAUAUUUUAAUAUAGAUAUAAUACGCUUAGUUAUUGGGGAUGAAAAAGCUGUCGGCCAUAAGGACCUGCAGAAAACAAAAGCUGUGGGUGCGAGUGGUUUUCAGUCGGCUUCGGGCCUAAGGACCAAUGUUAAUGUCAAACACUGUAUGGCAGUACUUUUUCAGUCGGCUUCGGGCCUAAGGACCAAUGUUAAUGUCAAACACUGUAUGGCAGUACUUCUGUUGUUUAAACCAUUAUAUUGAGAAAUACAUGAGGAUUUUCAGGGAUUCAUCCUUACAGACCACCUUACAGCCUUGACAUUGUGAUGCUACACAUUCACAUUCAUGAACAAAUUAAGCAAUAUGUUGUGAAGAAAUGAGAAUUCGUUCACUUGUUGAUACACAUGAAUGUAUGCCCCGAGUUUUCAAGAUUUCAUCUUUUAGUCUGACUUUCUGAUUUGAGUAUUUCAUUGACCAUAGAUUGAAAUAGAUGGUUGUUGGAAAUGUUGAGAGUUGUUACAAGCUGUAGACUGUCAAUAUUACCUUUUCCAGCAUACUAUGUAUUAGUUGUAAGAUGGCAAGAGCUGGCUGAAAAUCAUAAAUUUUGCAGAAAGAUUUAUCUUCCCAACCAACAAAUACAAUAGUCUCUCUUGAAUUCUUCACUCCCUGGCACUCAAGUCUAUCACUGUGAUAACCACACUUAAACGUAGGGUACAUAUGUAUUAUUCUCAACGUGUAUGGCAUUUUGUUCAAAUGCAAGGCUUUUCAAGAGGGAGGUGUCAUUGAUUUUGUACAUGAGAUGCAGGGGGUCACUUACUGUGUACAUAAUUAAUUUUUUUUAUGGGGGCAUGGAAUUCACAUUGCACAUGCUUCUCUAAAAAAUUAUCAUCACCCCUAGCUAUACAUUUAUAGUGAUUUAUUUGUGUUUGUUGUUUAACGCCGCACUCAGCAAUACUCCAGCUAAAUUGCGGAGUUCUGUAAAUAAUCUUGUCUGGACCAGACAAUCCAAUGUAUCAACCAAGUCAGCAAGCCUGUCCACCCAAUCCUGUUAGUCACCUCUUACGACAAGCAUGUGUUGCUGAAGACCAAUUCUAACCCGGAUCUUCAGGGUCACUAUAAAAAAUAUAUAGUGAAUACCAGUUGCCGAUGGUUUGUCAUAUGCAUUCCUUCCAUUCUGCACAUCUUUGUGAACAUGGCUGUUCAUGUUUAACAUAUUUAUUUUGGUCAUAUUUCAGUGGUAGAUAUGGAUCUUGCUAACAUAUAUUUUAUGUAAUCAACAGAAAUUCAUUUCUGUUAAACAGUUUGUGAUCAAUAAAUUCAAUGACAUUGUG